AUGUUGCCUAAAACAUUCGCAAGCAAGCCAAUAUUGCAAAAUUUACCUGUGGAAUUGUUGAAAUUUACUUCGAAUAAGGUGGGUGGUCGUAACUGCGCAAUCAGUUCCUAUUUCUCAGAAAUACUAAAUCUAGCUCAGCCCGAAAUUCAGCGUCACUAUAUAACGGAAGCAUCUUACGAGGUAGUGGUUCUACUGGACUUUGCUUACACAUCAAGGAUAACUAUAACAGAUUCAAACAUUCAGCCACUUCUAGCAGCCGCAAGUCAUUUUAAGUUUACUUCAGUACGUGCCGCCUGUAUGGCUUUUUUAAAGAGAAAAAUCAAUCCAACAAACUGUAUUAUCAUUGAAAAGUUUGCUUCGGCACAGGGAUGUACUGAGCUAGCAGUUCAUGCUAGGUCGUAUGCAAUGGAAAAUUUUGCAGAAGUUUUUCAAACUCCUGAAUUCAUGGACCUAUCUGUCGAUAAACUGCUAAAAUAUAUUUCCAGCGACGACCUCAACGUUCAACUAGAGGAAACGGUAUACACAGCAGCCAUGUCAUGGGUGUGUCAUGAUCGCAUAAAACGAAAGAAUUAUUUGGCCAAAGUUCUAGAAUGUGUCCGACUUCCAUUAGAGCCUCAGUUUUUAUUGGACAUUGUUCAAGAAGACAGACUUGUUCGUUCUGUAAAGGAAUGCGAAGUUUUGUUAGACGAAGCUAGACGAUUCCAGUUACUUGCAGAUCAACGAGCACUUAUGCAGAGUUCUCGGACUCAACCGCGAAAUUCUUACAAAGCUCAGAAAACGGAAAUCGUCGUCGUCGUUGGUGGCUUGAACAAAGACAAGUUAUUGGUGCCUGAAUGUUUUUAUUACAGUUUUCCUGAAAUAUAUGGAAAACCACUCGCACCACUGAAAGUUUCUCAGACUGCUUACAGCGUUGCCACUGUCAAUAAUAAUAUAUUUGUCACUGGAGGAGCAUUCAGUAGUGCAUGCAAUGAUGUAUGGAUGUAUGUUCCGAGCCUAGAUGUUUGGCAACAGGUAGCGCCUUUACUUGAAGCCAGAUAUUUGCACACAUCAGUUGGUUUGGGGAAUUAUUUAUAUGUUGCCGGUGGACAUGAUGGCACAAAACGAUUAGACUCGGUUGAAAGAUAUAAUCCUGAUUCCAACACUUGGAUAAGAGUUCAACCUAUGCUUGAGGCUCUGAGUUCUCCAUCUGCGGUCACUUGCGACGGGUGCUUAUAUGUUAUAGGGGGUGCCAAAGGAUCGUCUCCAAACGAUAUUGUUUCAAAAGUCCAAUGUUACAAUCCUACGUUAAAUUCUUGGACUUACCUCGAAUCAUUGCCACAACCCGAAAGGGGAGCAGUUGUCUCUAAUUUAAAUGGAAUAGUUUAUGUUUUGGGUCAACAUCGACGAGUUUAUGCUUAUAACAGGCACACGAAUCGAUGGAAGAAAAUGAAUAAUACAAAUGGAGGUCAUCUUCAUGGAGCGGCUGCAGUUCAUAAAGGGAGGCUUUAUAUUGCAGGAGGUCUCCAUGGUAACAAUUAUAUAAAUGGUACUGUCGAAAUGUACGAUCAACUCAACGAUUCAUGGUGUGUCGUCAGCACUUUGCAUACGCCUGUCUAUGCACAAGGUUUUGUUAGCAUUUAUAAGGACCUCAAAUAACGUGGCCCUAAUGCGUUAUCGUGAGUUUCAUUCUCGUUGAUUGAAUAUAUAACGAAGAUUGAUGGAGUUUUGAAAUUACUCUUUAAAUCCAGAAUGUUCUAGUAGAUUGUUUUUUGUAUAUUUUUUUCAAACUGAUUUAAGAUUAAUUUGAGUUGGGUUGCGCGAGACUAACUUCCUAUCUUUUCUCUAUGCCUUUAUGCUAGUGGAUCCGUAUGCUUUUACUG